CAGUUGGGUACGAAUAUUGGGUUCUAGCUUAAAUGGAAGAUUUUAAGGUUGUUAAGUAUGUAGAUUUAUUAUGGUGAAUGGGUGAUACUCUGUAAUGGCAGAAACGGAAGAAAUUGAAAUUGGUGGUGGUGAUUGGAGAGGACUUAUUUCAAGCCCGAAAGGUAUCUUUUCGGCAUUUUUAUCUGAAGGGUUCCCGUCGAGGUCUCUAUCUCAGAUUCUCAAUGGGUCUGAUGCUGCUGCUGUUACGGCCCACGGCGAUGAUGAGAAAGUUGGAGAUGGCCCGGUGAGUUCGGUUAUUAAAGUUGAGGAAGGCAGAGUUUCUACUGGUUUGGAUGGUCAGAUUGAGGUUUCUGGUGAUUGGAAGCCUAACCCAGUUAGAAAUGGGGCAAGUAUUGCAGAGAGGAGGGCUGCGACUUGUGGCUUCAGUGCGCCAAGGAUUAGUACGGCUCGGUUUAGAUCCAUCAGCCCCUUGUCUUCACCAGGGGCUCGUUCGCCUUAUCUUACCAUACCAGCUGGUCUUAGUCCGACAACGUUGCUUGAUUCUCCCGUCAUGCUUCCUAAUUCUCAGGCACAGCCAUCUCCAACUACUGGAACUUUUUCAUUGCCUCUGAGUAAUGAAAAUCCCAUGUCUGUUCCAUUGAGUUCCGGUAUAGAUAAGGAAAAGGGUGAUGAGGUUGAUUCCUCGUUCAAGUUCAUGUCUGAUCCAAAUCCUGGUGGUUUGUCAUGUCUUCUUGGCUCAGAAAAUCAGGUGGCUUCCUCCUCCAAUCAAUCUCUGAAUUUGAAAAUGACUGGUGUGAACCACCAAACUCCUGCUCUUUUGCAACCAAACAUGGACUUUGAAUGCCAAAAUGGUUUUUUGAAACCAGCGAUGACAAAGAGAUACACUACCGAUUCUCCUUCAGAUAUUGAAGUUUCUAAUAGCAUGACUGUGAAUAGUAAGUGUGUUGCCAUACAAACUGGCAAUUCUGAUGUUGCUAGUGAUCAAGCUCCUCUACAGGAGCAACCUCUGCAUGGAGAUGAUAUUGGGUCACAACAAAUUCUGGAAGGGGAACAGAAAGGGGCAUAUCCUCCCAUGGGAAUGGGAAAGCCAUCUGAAGAUGGGUAUAAUUGGAGAAAAUAUGGGCAGAAACAGGUGAAAGGUAGCGAGUACCCUCGGAGCUACUACAAAUGCACACAUCCAAAUUGCCAGGUGAAGAAGAAGGUAGAGCGUUCUCUUGAUGGUCAAAUAACGGAAAUUAUUUAUAAGGGUGCUCAUAGUCACCCAAGACCACAGCCUAGUCGUCGAUCAGCAGUUGGAUCGGCAUUUUCACUCAACGAAAUGUCAGAGACAGGUGAGGGUCCUGGGCCUUGUGUCAAAGUAGAAGGAGGUUCAAUUUGGAAAAGUAUUUCUCAGGGAUCGAAGGAUAAUAAAGUUGGUUCAGAAUGGAGGGCUGAUGGUUUAGAGAGAACAUCAUCGACAUCUGUUUUAACUGAACUUUCCGAUCCACUUUCAACUGUGCAAGGGAAACAGCUAGGUAUGAUUGAAUCAGCAGAUACUCCAGAGCUUUCAUCCACACUUGCUAGUCAUGAAGAAGAAGAUGAUAUAGCCACUCAAGGUAGUAUAUCAGUUGGCGAUGAUGCUGAUGAUGAGGAGCCUGAGUCAAAGAGAAGGAAGAAAGAGAGCUGUUUGAUUGAAACAAAUUUGGCUUCUCGAGCUGUUCGGGAACCUAGAGUUGUUGUCCAAACAGACAGUGAAGUGGACAUACUUGACGAUGGAUACCGCUGGCGCAAGUAUGGGCAAAAAGUAGUUAAGGGGAAUCCAAACCCUAGGAGCUACUACAAAUGCACUAGUGCGGGAUGUCCUGUGAGGAAGCAUGUCGAAAGAGCCUCACAUGAUCUCAAAUCUGUGAUUACAACAUAUGAGGGAAAACACAACCAUGAAGUACCUACCGCCAGAAACAGUAGUCAUGCUAGCUCAAGUAGUGGAAAUGCAUCACAAGGUGGUCCUAAUGCUCAAACUACCCUGACAUUACCAGUAAGCACCAAUUUUUCUAAGACUGAACCACAAGAUCAAGAUCUUGCACCUCGUUUUGAGAGAAAACCUGAAUUCACUAAUGAAUUCUUGAGACCUGGUUACCUGGGGGGUUUCCAUGGUGGCAUAAAGCUGGGGCCUUCUACUUGUUAUGAAAUGAAGCUGCCUCCCUUGCAGGCUAUGUCUUAUGGAUCAUUUGGACUGAAUGCAAGCCAGAAUGAAGCAAAUCAAGUGGCUUCUAUUGCUCAGAUUGUCCCAGAAUUCCCAAUUACAAUGCCAAUGAAUAUGCCUCGACCGGGAAACCUGGCAUUGACCAGCUUUGAUUUUAGUAGCCAUGGAAGGCCAAUUGGUUCAGUUCAGUCUUACCUUGGGAUGCAGCAGCCUAAGCAGACUGACACAAGAUUUCUCAGGCCUAAAGAGGAGCAGAAAGAUGAUGCUGUUUAUGAAACUCGUCUGCCUAUGAGCCAUCUUGCAAAUGCAUCGUCUUCGGUAUACCAGAUGAUGGGAGGUUUUCCAUUGUAAAUACUUUUUGCUCCUCCAGCUGACUGCCCCCCCU